CUUCUCUGCAACCCCAAAUACAUGUCAACCGUGCUGGAGGAGCAGAAGACGAUCGUGCAGAAACAUGGAAACGAGGUUCAUUACGACGUGCUAGCUGAGAUGGAAGUUCUUUACAGAUGCAUAAAAGAAGCUCUGAGGCUCCACCCUCCGUUGAUAAUGCUUCUCCGGAGCUCACACAGCGACUUCACGGUGAAGACCAAGGAAGGGGCGGAAUACGACAUCCCCAAGGGACACAUUGUGGCCACAUCGCCUGCCUUUGCAAAUCGUCUCCCGCAUAUCUACAAAGACCCGGAGACUUACGACCCUGAUAGAUUCGCUCCGGGAAGAGACGAGGACAAAGCCGCGGGAGCUUUCUCCUACAUCGCCUUCGGAGGCGGUAGGCACGGCUGCCUAGGGGAGCCGUUCGCCUAUCUGCAGAUCAAGACGAUAUGGAGCCAUCUGCUCAGAAACUUCGAGAUGGAGCUCGUAUCUCCGUUCCCAGAGAUCGACUGGAACGCGAUGGUUGUCGGCGUGAAGGGGAAGGUGAUGGUGCGGUACAAACGCCGAGCUCUUCCCCUCAACUAAUCUGAUAAAGAUUCCUGCAGGUUUCAUCUUAAGCUUGUUUCAUUGUGUAGGUUGGGUUUAUUAAUCUCUUAUCAUCAGACUAUGCUCUUUUUAUUUUUUUAGAUGUUUAUGAUUUGCUGUUGUGCUCCAGACUUUUGCAGUUGUCAAGGCAUUUAUGAGGUUGUCUAGUUUCCCUUUUUCUA